AUGAGCUUCACCAUGCACUCGGUUUUCUUCACCCUGAAGGUGAGCGUCCUGCUGGGGUCCCUGCUGGGGCUCUGCCUGGGCCUUGAGUUCAUGGGCCUUCCUAACCAGUGGGCACGCUACCUCCGCUGGGAUGCCAGCACGCGCAGUGACCUGAGCUUCCAGUUCAAGACCAAUGUUUCCACGGGGCUGCUCCUCUACCUGGAUGACGGCGGCGUUUGUGACUUCCUCUGCCUCUCCCUGGUGGAUGGCCACGUGCAGCUCCGCUUCAGCAUGGACUGUGCCGAGACCGCCGUGCUGUCCAACAAACAGGUGAACGACAGCAGCUGGCACUUUCUCAUGGUGAGCCGUGACCACCUGCGUACUGUGCUGGUGCUUGAUGGUGAGGGCCAGUCUGGGGAGCUGCAGCCCCAGCGGCCCUACAUGGAUGUGGUCAGUGACUUGUUCCUCGGCGGAGUCCCCGCAGACAUACGACCUUCUGCCCUGACCCUUGAUGGAGUACAGGCCAUGGCCGGCUUCAAGGGAUCAAUCCUGGAUCUCAAGUAUGGCAACUCAGAGCCUCAGCUUCUGGGGAGCCAGGGUGUCCAGUUGGAUGCCGAGGGACCCUGUGGUGAGCGUCCCUGUGAAAAUGGUGGGAUCUGCUUUCUCCUGGAUGGCCACCCCACCUGUGACUGUUCUACCACCGGGUAUGGUGGCAAGCUCUGCUCAGAAGAUGUCAGUCAAGGUCCAGGCCUCUCCCACCUCAUGAUGAGCGAACAAGGUAGAAGUAAAGCUCGAGAGGAGAAUGUGGCCACUUUCCGAGGCUCAGAGUACCUGUGCUACGACCUGUCUCAGAACCCAAUCCAGAGCAGCAGUGAUGAAAUCACCCUGUCCUUUAAGACCUGGCAGCGGAACGGGCUCAUCCUGCACACGGGCAAGUCGGCUGACUAUGUCAACCUGGCUCUGAAGGAUGGCGCAGUCUCCUUGGUCAUUAACCUGGGGUCUGGGGCCUUUGAGGCCAUUGUGGAGCCAGUGAAUGGAAAAUUCAAUGACAACGCCUGGCAUGAUGUCAAAGUGACACGCAACCUCCGGCAGGUGACAAUCUCUGUGGAUGGCAUCCUUACCACGACGGGCUACACUCAAGAGGACUACACCAUGCUGGGCUCAGAUGACUUCUUCUAUGUGGGAGGAAGCCCAAGUACAGCUGACCUGCCAGGCUCACCCGUCAGCAACAACUUCAUGGGCUGCCUCAAAGAGGUUGUUUAUAAGAAUAAUGACAUCCGUCUGGAGCUGUCUCGCUUGGCCAGAAUUGGGGACACCAAGAUGAAAAUCUACGGUGAGGUUGUAUUCAAGUGUGAGAAUGUGGCCACACUGGACCCCAUCAACUUUGAGACCCCGGAGGCUUACAUCAGCUUGCCCAAAUGGAACACCAAACGCAUGGGCUCUAUCUCCUUUGACUUUCGCACCACUGAGCCCAACGGCCUGAUCCUCUUCACUCACGGCAAGCCGCAAGAGAGGAAGGAUGUUCGGAGCCAGAAGAACACCAAGGUGGACUUCUUUGCCGUGGAACUCCUCGAUGGCAACCUGUACCUACUGCUUGACAUGGGCUCAGGCACCAUUAAAGUGAAAGCCACUCAGAAGAAAGCCAACGAUGGGGAAUGGUACCAUGUGGACAUUCAGCGAGAUGGCAGAUCAGGUACCAUAUCAGUGAACAGCAGGCGCACGCCAUUCACCGCUAGUGGGGAGAGCGAGAUCCUGGACCUGGAGGGGGACAUGUACCUGGGCGGGCUGCCGGAGCACCGUGCUGGCCUCAUCCUCCCCACUGAGCUCUGGACCGCCAUGCUCAACUAUGGCUACGUGGGCUGCAUCCGUGACCUGUUCAUUGACGGGCGCAGCAAGAACAUCCGGCAGCUGGCGGAGAUGCAGAACGCUGCAGGCGUCAAGUCCUCCUGUUCACGGAUGAGCGCUAAGCAGUGUGACAGCUACCCCUGCAAGAACAACGCCGUGUGCAAAGAUGGCUGGAAUCGCUUCAUCUGCGACUGCACGGGCACCGGCUACUGGGGCCGAACCUGCGAGAGGGAGGCGUCCAUCCUGAGCUACGACGGCAGCAUGUACAUGAAGAUCAUCAUGCCCAUGGUCAUGCACACCGAGGCAGAGGACGUGUCCUUCCGCUUCAUGUCCCAGCGAGCUUAUGGGCUGCUGGUGGCUACUACCUCCAGGGACUCUGCUGACACCCUGCGUUUGGAGCUGGAUGGGGGGCGCGUGAAGCUCAUGGUUAACUUAGACUGUAUCAGGAUAAACUGUAACUCCAGCAAAGGACCAGAGACCCUGUACGCGGGGCAGAAGCUCAAUGACAACGAAUGGCACACCGUUCGGGUGGUGCGGAGAGGAAAAAGCCUUAAGUUAACCGUGGACGAUGAUGUGGCUGAGGGUACAAUGGUGGGAGACCAUACCCGCUUGGAAUUCCACAACAUUGAAACUGGUAUCAUGACCGAGAAACGUUACAUCUCCGUUGUCCCCUCCAGUUUCAUUGGCCACCUGCAGAGCCUCAUGUUCAAUGGGCUGCUCUACAUUGACUUGUGCAAAAAUGGAGACAUUGAUUACUGCGAACUGAAGGCUCGUUUUGGACUGAGGAACAUCAUCGCUGACCCUGUCACUUUUAAGACCAAGAGCAGCUACCUGAGCCUGGCCACCCUCCAGGCCUACACCUCCAUGCACCUCUUCUUCCAGUUCAAGACCACCUCCGCUGACGGCUUCAUUCUCUUCAAUAGCGGUGAUGGCAAUGACUUCAUUGCUGUUGAGCUCGUCAAGGGGUACAUACACUACGUGUUUGACCUCGGAAACGGCCCCAAUGUGAUCAAAGGCAAUAGUGACCGCCCCCUGAAUGACAACCAGUGGCACAACGUCGUCAUCACCCGGGACAACAGUAACACCCACAGCCUGAAAGUGGACACUAAGGUGGUCACUCAGGUUAUCAAUGGUGCCAAAAAUCUGGAUUUGAAAGGUGACCUCUACAUGGCAGGUCUGGCCCAAGGCAUGUACAGCAACCUCCCAAAGCUCGUGGCCUCCCGGGAUGGCUUUCAGGGCUGUCUGGCAUCAGUGGACUUGAAUGGACGCCUGCCAGACCUCAUCAACGAUGCCCUCCAUCGGAGCGGACAGAUUGAGCGUGGCUGUGAAGGACCAAGCACCACCUGCCAGGAGGAUUCAUGCGCCAACCAGGGGGUCUGUAUGCAGCAGUGGGAAGGCUUCACCUGCGACUGUUCCAUGACCUCCUAUUCUGGAAACCAGUGCAAUGAUCAAAAGAUUGUGCCUCAGUCUGGGAUGAGGAUUAUCGCGUUAUCUGACCUGAACAGUUUGUCGGUGUGUGAUGAAGUGCCAGAACCAGGAUUGGGAAAGCUCAGCGUUCUUUUGUGGCAAUAG